UACACUGUUGAGAGUUAAGCAAGAAGGGAAAAUGGUGCAUGUUUUGUUUACUUUCUCUAUCGAAUACAGUUUGCCCCGUCUACAAUUUGAUCGAUUAUUAAAGUUUAGAAAUACCUAAAGUUGUAUUACAAAAGUAGUUUGAAAUAUUUUGGCAAAGUUUAUAGGCAACUUUUGAAAUGUUUUGUAGUGACGUUGUGUUUUGGAAAGCUGUUUUUUUCCGGAUCAAACCUGCUUUCUAAAUGGACAUUUUGGGUAUACAUGGAUGGAAUUAAUUGAAAAAAAGGACUAAUUGUGAUGUUUAUGGGACAUAUUGGAGUGCCAACAAAGAAGCUUGUCAAAGAUUGAAGAUACUGAGGAAAGACUGAGAUAACAAAUGAAGAACCUCCAGGAGGACCUGAGGGAAAUCACACCCAUGACUCAGGCCAGGAGGAGAAGGCGUCCAUCUUUAAACAGAACUACUGCGUUGCCAUGGAGAAGGCGUCCAUCUUUAAACAGAACUACUGCGUUGCCAUGGAGAAGGCGUCCAUCUUUAAACAGAACUACUGCAUUGCCAUGGAGAAGGCGUCCAUCUUUAAACAGAACUACUGCGUUGCCAUGGAGAAGGCGUCCAUCUUUAAACAGAACUACUGCAUUGCCAUGGAGAAGGCGUCCAUCUUUAAACAGAACUACUGCGUUGCCAUGGAGAAGGCGUCCAUCUUUAAACAGAACUACUGCGUUGCCAUGGAGAAGGCGUCCAUCUUUAAACAGAACUACUGCGUUGCCAUGGAGAAGGCGUCCAUCUUUAAACAGAACUACUGCGUUGCCAUGGAGAAGGCGUCCAUCUUUAAACAGAACUACUGCAUUGCCAUGGAGAAGGCGUCCAUCUUUAAACAGAACUACUGCGUUGCCAUGGAGAAGGCGUCCAUCUUUAAACAGAACUACUGCAUUGCCAUGGAGAAGGCGUCCAUCUUUAAACAGAACUACUGCGUUGCCAUGGAGAAGGCGUCCAUCUUUAAACAGAACUACUGCAUUGCCAUGGAGAAGGCGUCCAUCUUUAAACAGAACUACUGCGUUGCCAUGGAGAAGGCGUCCAUCUUUAAACAGAACUACUGCAUUGCCAUGGAGAAGGCGUCCAUCUUUAAACAGAACUACUGCGUUGCCAUGGAGAAGGCGUCCAUCUUUAAACAGAACUACUGCGUUGCCAUGGAGAAGGCGUCCAUCUUUAAACAGAACUACUGCAUUGCCUUGGAGAAGGUGUCCAACUUUAAACAGAACUACUGCGUUGCCAUGGAGAAGGCGUCCAUCUUUAAACAGAACUACUGCGUUGCCAUGGAGACAUCGGCUCCAGGGACACGAAGAGAGUGUGGUGGAGGAGCUGAGAUACACACAACAACAGGUUACACAUCUCAGCCUGAAACAUGAUACAUGCUAGCUACAAUAAUAUACCUAGUUCCGUAUUUGUUUUAAUUUGCGAGUCUCUCUAAUUGUCUGUGCAGUAUGCCAAGUUUCAUCAAGGUAAUAUGAGUGAUCUUUUUCAUAAUAUUUAUAACGAUCAUUCUGUUUAUGAAUUAUGGGUACAAGUUCAGUGAAAUUAUAUUAUAUUGAUCCAGAGACAGAAAAGACAGUGGAGUAAGUGUGUGUGUGUGUGUGUGUGUGUGUGUGUGUGUGUGUGUGUGUGUGUGAGUGCGCGUAUGUGUGUGUGUGUGUGAGUGCACGUAUGUGUGUGUGUGUGUGUGUGUGUGAGUGCACGUGUGUGUGUGUGUGUGUGUGUCACUUUAGCUUUGCAUCUGUUUGAGGAUAUUUACUGAGUCUGUCUACAAAUGAAUCAUCUUUAUUACGGGGAAAUGUAAUUUGGUUCCAAGGUCAACCCGGCGGAAUGUCAUUGUAAUCAAAUAAAAUUUAA